AUGGAGAUACAUAAACCCAUUAGUUUCUCUCAUCUAACCUUUCUCCUGCUCUUCUUGGCCUUCUCCUUUCUCUACGAAGUCCACGGAAGCAACACAACAGAUUCUCAAGCCUACAUUGUCCAUGUACAAAAGCCCAAACACACCAAAUCCCUCACCUUCAGAGACCGAAGAAAUUGGUACAUGUCUUUCUUACCAAACACAACCUUAGACUCCGGUGAGCCUCGGAUGAUCUACACAUAUAGACACGCGAUCAGUGGCUUCGCUGCAAUCUUUACCCCCCAAGAAUUGCAAUCGCUGAAAUCUAAACAAGGAGUAGUGAGUGCACAUCCUGACUACGAGUGCAAACUCCGAACCACCUACAGCCCAAAGUUCUUGGGCCUGAGCCGGUGGAAUGGAUUGUGGCCCGACUCAGGUUACGGUGCAGGUCAAGUAAUCGGUGUGAUCGACACUGGAAUUAAGUACAGCCACCCUUCGUUUGACGACAAGCAGAUGUCACCGCCUCCGCAACCGCCGACCUGGAAAGGAAAAUGCUACUGGAGCCGAGGCGGAUGCAACAAGAAGCUGAUCGCAGCUACUGGUUUUCAUAAUGGACGGAUAGUUUCUCCGUCGGACAACGACGGGCACGGGACCCACACGGCGAGCACGGCAGCUGGUAGCACCGUCGAUGAUGCUAAUGUCCUUGGUUACGCUAAUGGCACGGCUUCAGGCCUGGCGCCCGGAGCUCAUCUUUCAGUCUAUAAAGUAUUGCCUGGGACUUUUAUAGAUUUGCUCAAAGGUAUAGAUCAAGCUAUCCAUGAUCAGGUACAUGUGCUCUCUAUGUCUUUAGGCUAUCCCGACCCAAUGAAACUUGAUGAGGAUGAGGUAGCGAUCGGAUCGUUUGCGGCCGUUACAAAGAAAAUCCUCCCUGUUCAAGCAGCGGGAAAUGAUGGGCCUCUUCCAAGCAGAGUUGAUGGAGCUCCAUGGAUCCUAACCGUUGGGUCGAGCGCCAUGGACAGAAGGGUAAGAUCAAUAGUAGAGCUCGGAGAUGGCCGAGAAUUCUAUGGGGAAUCGGCUUAUCAGCCAGAUAACUUCCCUUCCACUCAGUUUCCUUUGAUUUAUCCAUAUGGCGUCCUGAAAUCAGAGGAUUCGAAGAAAUGCCGGGGUAAUUCUCUAAAAUUGAUCAACGUCAAAGGUAAGAUUGUGCUGUGUGGAGCCAGUGGGGAUUAUAAGGAGAAUGUGGAAGCCAGCGAUCUCGUUAAAAAGGCCGGUGGCGUGGCCGUUAUAGUCAUGAGCCAGCCGUGGAUGGGAAUCGAACGGACUCCGAUGCUUUUCUCCAUCCAGCUUCUCGUGUUACCUUCAACGACGCGUUGGAAAUUAUAA